UUGACACUGGUAUACUUUUCGUUUCGUAGGGAGGAGUCAGACAUUAGUUUCUUUAUUAAAGUGACAUUUUUAUUGAAAUAUAAUUAAUUUUUCAACAUGCGUUGCACCUUGUAUCCACAAUGUAGGCAGUGAAUGUUGCUGACGUAAAACUAUCGAUUGGUUAUAAGUUCAUUUUCGGAGAAAGGUCGAAGGAAACAGGAAGGCGGAACAAGAGUCUGAGACUGAGUCCAAACAAAUACCAAAAGACUUCCAUAACAUAAAAAAAAAGGUCUGCACAGGUUGUUAACACAACCUUUUGACUGCUUCAGUUUUAACUGUAAAUAAUUCACCAGAGGCAUUCCAACAAGUCGCCCACAGCCAGCACAUGCGACCAUGUCCCUGGCCCUGAAACAAGUCUUCAACAAAGACAGGACAUUCCGGCCCAAGCGCAAGUUCGAACCCGGGACGCAGCGCUUCGAGCUGCACAAGAAGGCUCAGGCAUCCCUGAACGCUGGUCUAGACCUGAAGCAGGCUGUGCAGCUGCCCCACGGCGAGGACCUCAAUGACUGGGUGGCUGUCCAUGUGGUUGACUUCUUCAACCGGAUCAACCUCAUCUAUGGCACCAUCAGUGACUCAUGCACCGAUCAAACCUGCCCCGUCAUGUCCGGUGGGCCUAAGUAUGAAUACCGCUGGCAAGAUGAGCACAAGUACAAGAGGCCAACUGCUCUGUCAGCCCCCAAAUACAUGAGCCUGCUCAUGGAUUGGAUUGAGGUACAAAUCAACAAUGAGAAUAUAUUCCCCACUAAUGUUGGUACUCCCUUCCCUAAGAGCUUCAUGCAGGUGGCUAAGAAGAUUUUGUCACGUCUGUUCCGGGUGUUUGUCCACGUCUACAUCCACCACUUUGACCGUGUGAGCCAGAUGGGGGCCGAGGCUCACGUCAACACCUGCUACAAGCAUUUCUAUUACUUUGUCACAGAGUUCAACCUCACAGACCACAAAGAGCUGGAGCCUCUGAAAGAGAUGACCGCUCGGAUGUGCCACUGAGAAACCUGUGGACACAGCGGAUGAAUGCAUCCGUCCAUCUGGAAGUCUGAAUCGGAUAGCAAAUAGAGCAAACAAAUUCAGAGUCUAUUUUUAUAUUUAAGUACUGUAAUCUAUUUUAGCCAUGUACUGUAGAUUUUAACCAGGAACAUUGUCAUGUGAGGCUUUCUCUUCCUUCAAAAACAUUUAAAACAUUUUAUCAGAGCACAGUAUUAAGAGGUGUUUGUGUUUUUCUAUUUUGUUUGAGUUUCAAUCAUUCCAAGAUGCUAUCAUCUUCUGUUUUAAAUGAUCUAAAAUUAGUAUGUCUUACUGUAUGUCUAUACAAAUGACUUUGUUGUUACAUUAAAAUGAAUCUUGACUCUUA